CUCAAGUUGUCUUACCAAAAGAUUGUCAAGGCAACAAAUUUUGUGAAAUAAUGAAAAUGAUUGUAGGGCCGACAAUAAAGUGGUAUAUCACUGGCCAGUUUGAAUGGAAGAAGAUCCGAGUCGCUACAGGUUUCGCUAAUGUUCGAAUCUACGAUGGAUUGUAAUUUCACAAGUUGGAGCUAUACGUCGAGGCCGAUUGGAACGAUUCAGCUAAACACGUCAAAAUUGGGUUCCGUGCAGAUAUCAAAGUACCAGUGAACGGCGACAUCUAUCGUGACGGAAUCAGAGCGCCUAACAGCGAACUGUUUCUGUUCGGUGUGUUGGAAUAUGAUUUCCAGGAACAGGUGGUGGGCGGAAAAUUUGGCAUGCGUGGAAUUUGGCGCAGGGCAUUCUUUAUACCGUUCGUUGGCAUUGGAAAUAUUUUUCUUGGGUUGACGUAUAAGGUUGGAGCACCAAUUCCUAUCACUGGUGUGCAGUUUGGAAUGCGAAUCGAGUUUGGAUAUGAUUGCCUAAUACCAGCAGACUUCAAUAAUGACGGGCAUUGUUUUGGUGGCAGCGGUUACUUCGGCGUCGGCGCACCUCAGUUCUUCUAUGCUGACAUGACAGCGUUGACUCUUGGGAAAAUCAUCCGUCUCUUGGGAUUCACCUUCCCUCUCCCGCCUCCCAUAGCACAAACUGGCUUCCCAGAAGGCGCAGCGGGCUCAUACGCAGAUGCUGCUUUUGAUUUACGUAUCGCUGGUGGUCCGUAUAUUCUAAAGGGCUUUAUGAUCAAAGGGAGACUCAAUAUUUUGGGUUGGUCAAUUUUUGCCCACGUCAAGUUAUCAGACGAAGCAAUUUUUGCUGACAUAAAACCAGAUCCAGUAAAGAUUUUGGACCUUGCAACAAUCGUUCGCAGUCCCUCGGAGCAGGAUAUAGGACCUUGGUUUUAUGUGGAUGCCAGGAAAAGUCCACCCUUUAUUGAGACAUAUAUCGAAGGAUAUAUAAACCUAUUGGGAAUUUCAACGUACUGUCGGCUGAACUUAACCAUGACCCAGUUUGAGCUGCUGAUUCAGGGAAAUUUCUUGAAUCUCAUCAAAGCUGAAUUGUUCAUAUCUGCAAGUUACAGUUUGACCUUUAUAGGUGCCCAGUUCUACGUUAGAGUCACUGUUGACUUGGACGGGAUCAAUAAUGCUUUAGAUGCCGCGGCCGAAGCAGUGAAAAGUGCAUUUGAUGAGGCACAGAGGAAACUUCGCGCUGCGAGAGAUGACGUCAUUCGGGAAAAAGAAAACUGUAAACGAAAGCUGACUCUUGAGUGUGAUAACUGCAAAAAACUCAAGUGUGCCCAAGCGGAACGCGAUUGCAAAGGAUUCUUGGAUAAGGCUGGAAAAUGGCUCGGUGGCGUUAUAGAUAAAGCUGGAAGAUGGUUCGCAGGGACUUUUAAGAAGAUUGGAAAAUUUUUUGCACCGGUUGGAAAAGCUUUCAAGAAGUUUUUCAAAGGCUGGAAAAAGAGACGAGAAAUACGAGACAUGCGCAAUGAGAACUUUGCCCUUCACAUUCGGAAGCGCCGAUUCAUCAGCAAAAUUAUAUGCGAAGGUAUUGUGGGCGGUGGAUGUUCUGCCGUGUCUCACCUUUGCUAUGGAUCAUGCAACUUCAUCAACCAUAUCGGCCAAGGUCUGUGUAACGUGCUCGACGUAGCGGUUGAAUUUCUGAAGUUAACCGAGAGGGCUACCAAUUGGCAAUCAGCCACAGACGACAGACGCGGAGCCUGUUUGUACGUGGACUCUAAAAAUGACGGCGCUCUUAUCAAAGUAACAGGCUGCAAUGACACUGACGCAAAACAGAACUGGGCUUACACUCUUAAAGGACAGAUUAUGAACUCAUUUUCCAAGUUGUGCAUUGAUUCAAACGGAGCCUCCACGGGCUCGAAACUGAUACAGAGUAAGUGCGAUCCUUCUAAAGAUGAUCAAAGCUUCCAAUGUGACUUGACUGUUCGAACUCUCAAAAGGCGAAGAUCUGAUCAAUGUUGGACAGUUGGUAAGACGAGCUUAAAUGGUGCUGGCUCUCUCGUUCAUCUUGGUUCACUGAAGUGUAUUCAUCCUCAAGGGGGAGGGAACAAUGUAGCUGAGGGCAACAAGUUGGUUAUUUAG